AUGUACACGGAGUUAAGCCAGCAAGCAGAUGAACCUUCCAAAUUGUAUACUAAUAAUGACGAUGAUGAUGAUGAUGAUGAUGAUGAUGAUGAUGAUGAUGAUGAUGAUGAUGAUGAUGAUGAUGAUGAUGAUGAUGAUGAUGAUGAUGAUGAUGAUGAUGAUGAUGAUGAUGAUGAUGAUGAUGAUGAUGAUGAUGAUGAUGAUGAUGAGGAUGAUGAUGAUGAUGAUGAUGAUGAUGAUGAUGAUGAUGAUGAUGAUGAUGAUGAUGAUGAUGAUGAUGAUGAUGAUGAUGAUGAUGAUGAUGAUGAUGAUGAUGAUGAUGAUGAUGAUGAUGAUGAUGAUGAUGAUGAUGAUGAUGAUGAUGAUGAUGAUGAUGAUGAUGAUGAUGAUGAUGAUGAUGAUGAUGAUGAUGAUGAUGAUGAUGAUGAUGAUGAUGAUGAUGAUGAUGAUGAUGAUGAUGAUGAUGAUGAUGAUGAUGAUGAUGAUGAUGAUGAUGAUGAUGAUGAUGAUGAUGAUGAUGAUGAUGAUGAUGAUGAUGAUGAUGAUGAUGAUGAUGAUGAUGAUGAUGAUGAUGAUGAUGAUGAUGAUGAUGAUGAUGAUGAUGAUGAUGAUGAUGAUGAUGAUGAUGAUGAUGAUGAUGAUGAUGAUGAUGAUGAUGAUGAUGAUGAUGAUGAUGAUGAUGAUGAUGAUGAUGAUGAUGAUGAUGAUGAUGAUGAUGAUGAUGAUGAUGAUGAUGAUGAUGAUGAUGAUGAUGAUGAUGAUGAUGAUGAUGAUGAUGAUGAUGAUGAUGAUGAUGAUGAUGAUGAUGAUGAUGAUGAUGAUGAUGAUGAUGAUGAUGAUGAUGAUGAUGAUGAUGAUGAUGAUGAUGAUGAUGAUGAUGAUGAUGAUGAUGAUGAUGAUGAUGAUGAUGAUGAUGAUGAUGAUGAUGAUGAUGAUGAUGAUGAUGAUGAUGAUGAUGAUGAUGAUGAUGAUGAUGACGUUCAGAAGAAUGUUGAAAGCUCCACAAUCAAAAUCAUCCUACUCACAGAAUAA